UUUUAUUUUACUUUCAUCCGCAGAAUCAAGAAAGUGCUGAUCAUGUUUCCCGGUGAAUGAUCCAGAAACCAAAGACUUCUGAAGGCUUGCUGAUGGGGUUUAGCAAUAUCACCAGGCGUUUCUUUUCUCCUCUCUCGACGACCCACUUGUUCUUAACCAUUCUCAACGCAUUCCUAUUAUUAUAGAGCCACGAAUUGGGGAUUGGUUUCUCAUCCUAUUCUUAUUCAUAGUUUCGCUUCGCUACCUCUUGGAAGAUCCAUUUUGUUGUGUUUUUAUUCGGGUUUUAGAAAAUGGUCGAACGGAAGCUCUUUAAAACGAAGUUAUGUGUAUUGUAUCAAAAGGGUCAUUGUUCGCGCCAGAAUUGCUCCUUCGCCCAUGGAAGUGCUGAGCUUCGACAAUUUUUGGGUUCUUAUAAUGGUAAGUGGGACCAUCGAGGUGGUGACUUGAGGGAUAAGCUUCACAAGAGGCUUUCUCCUGAGUGUAGAUAUUCUCCAGGAAGAAAUACAAGAGGCUGGCACACAUAUCGUGGACCUAGCCCUUCCAGGUCCCUUGAGAAAAAUAGUGACAGAAAACACAGGAAAAAACGGCAUUUUGGUGGUCAAAGUGAUUUAUCUGGAAGUCUGAAAAGCUCAGAUGCGGCAGAAGAUCAAGUUAAAAGAAGAAAAAGUGCAUCAAGUGAUUCUAGAAUUGUUCUUAAGGUGAAGCAAAGAGAAGUACAGUUAGAGAUUGACAUGCUUGAUCAACAAAAUUCUCAAUUAAAGACCUUACUAGAAGAGAAAGUUGAAGAAGCAGAUAUUCUAACUUCCAGAAUUCAGGAGCUUGAUUGUCAAUUGUCCAAAGAAAAAGAGGAGUGUAAAAGAACCAUUUCAAAAAUCAAGAAGUUUGUCAAAGCACAUAAGCAUUAUGUUCAUGUUCAAGAGGAUUUGAAAAGGUCACAAGUUCGACUUCAGAGGCAGGGAGAUCACCUUGGCUCUGGCACUAUUACAACUGGAGCAAAUGAAGAGGAUUCAAGCAUCAAUAUUGUCAGUGAUGGAGAUGCUCCUGGUUAUC